AUGGAUCCAACUUUUGUAAACGGCCUCCACGCACUCCUCACAACUGCAAGCGCUUCAUCCGACACAACCCAGAUAAAAGCGGCUACCGCAACCCUCGCCCAGCAGUACUACCGUAACCCGCAAUGUGUACCCGCACUCUUCCAGAUCCUCCUCACCGCGCCUGAUGCUGGCGUGCGACAACUCGCUGGUGUCGAGCUCCGUAAACGUAUCGCGUCGAAUCAUGCCAAGCUCUGGACAGAAACUGCGGUCGAGAUCAGGAAUGAAAUCAAAACCAAGAUCCUCGAAUUCGCGCUUCACGAGCCCAUCUCCAUCGUCCGCCAUACGGCUGCACGCGUCAUAGCAGCUAUCGCCAGCUGCGAGAUGCGCGAAAAGGCGUGGCCCACCCUCCUUCCCUGGCUAUACGAGGCCUCCACCGCUCCUGCCGCGUCGACACGCGAGGUCGGCGUGUUCAUCCUCUAUUCGCUGACGGACAGCAUCAAUGAGCCCUUUUCGGCUCACGUCUCCGAGGUGUACGAGCUGUUCCGCCGUACGAUCCAGGAUCCAGAGAGCAUGGAAGUUCGCGUCAAUACCAUCCGUGCCCUGGGCAUGCUGGCACAGUUCAUCGAUGCCGAGGAGAAGGGCCAGGUUCGCACUUUCCAGAGCAUCUUCCCCCAGAUCCUUGCUGUCCUGCGCGACUGUGUCGCUACCGACAACAGCGAUGGCGCCAAGCACGGGUUUGAUGUCAUCGAGACCCUUCUCAUCCUCGACACGCCUCUGAUUGGCAAAGCCCUGCCCGAGCUUGUCGAAUUCUUCCUCACUGUGGCAGUGAACAAGGAGGUAGACGAGUCGAUUCGCGUCAUGGCCCUUAACGCGCUCAUCUAUACGAUCAAAUACCGCAAGAACAAGAUCCAGUCGCUUGGACUCGCCAAGUCCAUCCUCGAGCGUAUCAUGCCCAUCGGGUGCGAGGACGAGCCUGACGAGGAGGAGGAAGACAACCCGUGCCGCCUGUGCUUCCGCUGCAUCGACAGCCUCGCUACUACCUUCCCUCCUAGCCAGGUGUUCCCUACCCUCCACACCCUUGUCACGCAGUAUGUCUCCUCCCCCGACCCGUCCCAGCGCAAAUGCGCAAUGGUCUCGUUCGGCGUGGCCAUCGAGGGCUGCUCCGAGUACAUCCGGCCACACAUCCUCAGUCUCUGGCCCUUCCUCGAUGCCGGGCUAAACGACCAGGAGUGGCGUGUGCGCAAGGCGGCGUGCAUCGCUCUGGGCUGUGUGUGUGAGUUCCUGGGAGACGAAGCUGCCGAGCGACACGAGAUCUUCCUCCCCGCCAUCCUCCGCCUCAUGGGUGAGGAGCAGACUCGCUCGACCGCUUGCCAGGCACUCGACUCGUACCUCGAAUGCCUGGGCGACCAUAUCUUGCCCUACCUGGACGAGCUCAUGGUCCGUCUUAUCGGCCUGCUCGAGACCGCCGACCGCCAAAUGCAGAGUACGAUCAUCGGCGCGAUCGGUUCGGCCGCACAUGCCGCCAAGGCCCGUUUCACGCCCUACUUCCCAGAGUUUAUGAAGCGCAUCGAGCCCUGCUUCUUCCUCACCAAGGAAGAGGACCUUGACCUGCGCAGUAUCGCCGUCGACACUGCUGGUACGCUCGCCGAGGCCGUCGGUGCGGAAGCGUUCCGUCCCUGCUUUGAGCCGAUGAUGCAGCAGGCGAUGGCGGGUCUCAAGCUAGAGAGUUACCGCAUACACGAGUGCAACUACCUCUUCUUCAUCGUUAUGAGCCGGGUGUUCCCCGAUCUCAUGGAGCCCUACCUCGCUGCGAUCGUCCCCGAGCUGAUGAAGAGCUGCAAGGAGGCAGAGUACAAGAUCGGCAGUGCCGACGAGCUCGAAGCUGCCCUCCUGGGCAACGGCACGGCCGAAGCGCCCCUCGAGAUCAAGUCGGACGAGGAUGUGGAUAUCGACCUGGAGGACGCUGCGGACGCGGACGUAGACGACAUCCUCAACGUCUCCUCUGCCCAGGCGGUCGAGAAGGAGAUCGCGGCGGAUGCGAUGGGCCAGAUAUUCGCCAAUGUCAAGCUGCCUUUCUUGCCGUAUGUCGAGAACUGCCUCGAGAUGCUUGUUGCGCUCCUCGAGCACUAUUAUGAAGGGAUCAGGAAGGCCGCGGUGCAGAGCUUGAUCGAGUUCCUCAGGACGUUCUACGUCUUGGCGAACUAUGAGUGGACACCUGGUCAGCCGUCGGCCCCUCUGCACGACAACGUCGUCAAGAUUCGUGAUGUGAUCAUGGAGGCUUUGACGGACGCUUCGAGCAGCGAUGAAGAGAAGUCUUCCGUAGCCGUGCUGUGCAGCACCCUUGGCGAGCUUCUCACUUCGUACGGCCCGACAGUGCUCGGCACGUACGGCGAGCAAGUGGCCAACCUCGCUACCUCCGUUCUGGACCGCACCCAUGUCUGCCAGCAGGACACGGAUCAAGAGACCCUGCCAGAGGACAUGCUGGACGAAGACCAGGCGGAGUACGACUCGGUCCUGACGAGCUCGGCGAUGGAUCUCGUCGCUGGCCUUGCCCAUGCCUAUGCAGGCGAAUUCAAGGGCGCCUUCCCGAAGUACAUGACGCUCAUCGCGACGUACGCUGGGAAAGGUCACAGUCUCGCAGACCGGUCUGCAGCUAUAGGCACUUUUGGAGAGAUCAUCGGUGCCAUGGGCGCUGCAGUGACCGAGUUCACCGAACCGCUCUUCCAGAUCCUCUACCCUGCUCUCGCGGACGAAGGUGUCGAAGUCAGGUCCAACGCCGCCUACGCCCUCGGCGUCCUCGUCGAGAACAGCCAAGUCGACACCUCGAGCCAGUACGUCAACAUCCUCCGCACCCUGCAGCCGUUCUUCCAAACCCCCGAGUCUGCGGCCGGGACGACCCUGAACGCGCGGGACAACGCCUGCGGAGCAGUUGCGCGUAUGCUGCUCAAGAACCUCACUGCUGUCCCGCCCGAACAGGUCUUGCCAACGCUCUUCGCCGCGCUGCCAUUGAAGAACGACACGCAGGAAAACAAGCCCGUGUUCAAGUGCAUACUCCAUAUCUACCAAGCGAACCCGGCACUGCUCGACCCGUACUGGGACUUGCUGUUAAAGCUCUUCCAGCACGUGCUUGUCCCUGCUGGAGAAACGGAGAUUGACGACGAGACACGCACGGCUUUACUCGCACUUGUGAGCCACUUGAACCAGGUCAUACCGGACAAAGUGGCGGCGGCGGGGCUGGCGCAGGUGCAGGCAUAAGCCCGCGUGCGCGUGCGCCGUCGAUCACGCUGGCACAGUUAUGACAUGACAAGGCAUGCUCACGAUUCCCUUUUCUCUCUUCCUAUUCCUAUUUCGUUUCUGUUCCCUUUCCUCUACUUUCACUGUUUGUCCCCCCAGAGCUCUGCACGUUUCAUUGGAUACCACAAGAAUUAAUGGAUGUAGUCAAGAGACUAUGGUGCCUUAA